GUGUGGUGUUCAUAGGUGGUGUUGCCGAUUACCGACAUUCGUGUGUUUUGUAUCCAUAGUAUUGGAGAUAUUGCUGCAUCAAUUGUGUUUCGCAUAUUCCCAUUAAGUUCGGUAUCCCUCUGUAACAAUCUUCAAGUAGACUUGUCGAAGAAGAUGAUUCUCUCUAUUUGUGACAGAAAACAAAUCCUGAACUUGCAUCCAUAAGCUGAAAUAUUAAGCUCUAAAUAAUUGUCGUUCAGCAACCAGAAGAAAUUUUGCUUUUCCAACCGAUUUCGAUUUUCAGGACAAAUAUGGUAGUUCUGAGUAAUUUCCUGGCACCUCAGGAAGGUAUUCGUCAUGAGGAACCUGAUACAACAUUGUACGUUAACGAUAGGGAAGUGGGAAAGGGCACUAUAUAUAUAGCAGAAAGUUCAUUGUCGUGGAUUGAUACUAAUAAUCAGCAGGGAUUUUCAUUGGAAUAUCCUCAUAUCUCGAUCCAUGCAGUCUCGCGAGAUGAACAAGUACAUUCACGACAGUGUCUGUAUAUCAUGCUUGAUACCAAGGUUGAUCUGCCAGAUGUGACAUCAUCUGAAAACAACAGUCCACCAGAUGAAGAAGAGGAUUCUGAUUCUCCAAUGACUGAAAUGAGGUUUGCCCCCGAUAAUAUAAAUAACUUGGAGGCAAUGUUUCAAGCUAUGAUUGACUGCCAAGCACUUCAUCCUGACCCACAAGACAGUUUCUCGGAUGCGGAAGAGGACAUUUAUGAAGAUGCAGAAGAAGAAGAUGACUUUGAAUAUUUUGAAGUAGGUGCUGGCGAUGCUCCUUACAUACUACCAUCUGAACAAAUGCGCCACAAUGGUACCGAAACAGAUGAAGCGAUGGAUGUAGAAACAGGACAAUUUGAAGAUGCGGAAGAAGAUCCGUAAGAUACCAUGACAUAAUUCAACACGACUUAUAUGCUUGUGUCUUUUAGUUUUGUUAACCUCUGUUACUACAUUCGCGUAUUCGAAUAGAUACACCCUCUUACUAUUAUAACAUAAUGGAGGUUUUAUAAACCUUGGAGCACUAAACUUUAUUUAUAUUCAUUUUGUACAUGAUAAUAAUUUCUUAGACAAAAUAAAUAGUUAGAAAUUGA